CACGCCCCCAGCCCUGGGCGCGGGCGGGUGACGUAGGCGGAAGGGCACGUCACCCUCCGGUGAAGGCUGAGGCGGCGCCGCUGGGAGAGAAAAGGAGCUCUUGGUAAAACAUGUCAUGGAUCAGAGAGGGCGAGCUGACCAUCAUAGAGAGAUUUUGUGCCAACAUCAUUAAGGCAGGUCCAAUGCCCAAGCAUGUGGCCUUCAUCAUGGAUGGCAACCGCCGUUACGCCCGCAAGUGUCACGUGGAGAGGCAGCAGGGGCACUCGCAAGGCUUCGAUAAGCUGGCUCAGACACUGCGGUGGUGUUUAAACCUUGGCAUUCGGGAGGUCACUGUUUAUGCCUUUAGUAUUGAGAACUUUAAACGCUCCAAGGAGGAGGUGGAUGGACUAAUGGAUUUGGCAAGGCAGAAAUUUAGCCGCCUACUGGAAGAACAGGAGAACCUGAAGAAACACGGUGUGUGCAUCCGUGUCCUUGGGGACCUGCCACUUCUGCCCCUGGAUAUUCAGGAACUGAUUGCCCAGGCUGUGCUGGCAACAAGGAACUACAACAAAUGCUUUCUAAAUGUUUGCUUUGCAUACACAUCAAGACAUGAAAUCAGCAAUGCUGUCAGGGAGAUGGCAUGGGGGGUGGAACAAGGACUGCUCGAACCCAGUGACGUGUCUGAAUCAUUGCUUGAUAAGUGUCUGUACACCAACAACUCCCCUGACCCAGACCUCCUGAUUCGAACCUCUGGAGAGGUUCGACUGAGUGAUUUCCUACUCUGGCAGACAUCCCAUUCAUGCCUGGUGUUUCAGUCAGUCUUGUGGCCGGAAUAUUCCUUUUGGAACUUGUGUGAGGCUAUCCUUCGGUUCCAGAUGAACUACAGUGCUUUACAGAAGGCCAGAGACUCCUACAUGGAGGAAAGGAGGCGACAGCAGAUGGAAAGGGAUCAGGCUUAUGUGGCAAAGAAGCUGCAGCAGGAGGGGGUUGCGUCCCAUGGAGACUGUCGGCGCCGAUGGACACUGUUGCAGAAAUGCACUGCCAUGAGGGAGGAAAGAAUCCAGAGCUUCCUGCAGGCACUGGAGCACAAGAGAGCGGACUUCCUUGAGAGAUUGUGUUUGGUGUCCGCAUGACACAGGUGUGACGAAGUUGCUCUCUGCAUCUACUAUGAUAUUGUUUAACCUGUGGCAGACUCCUCAUCUGAUUCCUGUUAGACUGGAAACGAUUUGAAGGCUGUGUUCUCUUUACAGUCUGGUGUGAGCAGUUUGCUGCUACCCCAAGGCUUGCCUGAGUGAAGCUCCGUGCACGUACCUCCUCUUGCGUAAGUAGCAAACAGUAGCUUAGCUAAAAGCAUGGUGAGAUGAUGGGAGCUGUCAGUUGGAAACUUCUUUUGCUGUUGUUUUCCUUUUCUCUGUCUUCACCUUCCAGGAAGCUGUUUGUGGAAAUAGUUUGCUCUGCAUGAGAUGGAGCACUCUGCAGUCUGCUUGGCCAGAGCUGUUUUCUACCCGAGGAUGUAUUUUUACCUUAAAAAGGGGUUUGGUUGUGUUACGAUGCUGUAGGUGACCAAAGCUGCAGCGGUGGUUUUCCA